UGGUAAAUGUGUAAACAUGCCCCAAAUUGCCGGUUAUGGCAGAGUUCUACUCAUUUUACUCCUGUAUUCUGUGCUCGUUGAUCAUCGGGUUGAUUCAAAUUCAGGUAUUCUAUCUGGCACUUUGACCACAUUUGAGGAAGCCAGCUGUGAUGGUGAGCCCAUGACAAUGUCUUGCCCACCAGGAAUGCUUGUCAGUAUCCAGUUUGCCCAAUAUGGCCGCCAGGUGCCGAGCUCCAAAAUGUGUCCACGGGAAGAACAGUCAGAUGAUCCAAACUCGGGGAAGUCUUGGAUAAGCAAUAUGUUGCCAGAGGACACAAAUUGCUUAGCAACUACUUCAUUAAAGGUAAUCCUGGAAGCAUGUCAAGACCGACAGCACUGCCACCUGGUGGCCAGUUCCAAGACCUUCCAACAGGACCCAUGUCCCGGCACACGGAAAUACCUCGAGGUCGCAUACAAGUGUCGACCAAAUGAGUUUUUCAGUGAGACCGUUUGCGAGGGUGACCAGCUGGAAUUGCGAUGUAGCCAGUCUACACGUAUUGCCAUAUCCACAGGAAUCUUCGGAAGGGCAAAUGUUGGCGACCUGAAAUGCCCUGAACUUCUUAGAAAUACCUCAGCAACAAAAACAACAUGCCGGUCCAAGACAGCAGUUGACGAGCUGGUUCGGCUCUGUCAUGGAAAGAAACGGUGCAUGCUGCACGCGGAGGAGUAUGUGUUUGGUAACCCAUGCCCCACAGGCGUCAACAAAUACCUCAACGUAGUCUACACAUGUGUUCCAAAACAGGUGCUAAAACGUCACAGUAUUCACACAAAACGAAAGAAGCAGAAAGGCGAGGGUAGUGAAGUGGAGACUAACGACAACAGCCCCUCCCUCAUCCACCUCUCCACCACCCACAACAAAGUACCUUCGCACACAACCAUGAUACAGACAGAUAUUUUUCCGGCAGACGCAGCCCCUAAUGACAGCUAUGGAUUCCCACAGGGACCUGGAAAUCCUGUUUUAGGGGAGAGCAAGGAAACACAGGGGACAAAAACUGGGCCUAAAUAUGAUAUUAGUUCCAAAGACAAUAAACUGGAGCCUGGUAAGACGACACCUUGUACCAACACAAGUUCCUCCAGAGAGCCGCAGGGUCCUUCAGCAACCAGACUCCUCACAGACUGGUUAAACGCUUUCAAUUUUAUCAUUGAAAACAAAGAAAAAGCUGUGCUAUAUUUAGUGCUAGGUGUUACCUUUGGAGUAAUCUCAUUGCUAUUUCUUGUGAUAAUACGACUUGCAAUAAUAAACAAGCGCAAAUCGCGAGCGAAACUUGACGUUUCGGAGCCGGCGCACGAAAACCAUGCGGCGCCAUCCAAUCAUAUUGAGGCUCCAACAUUAGAGCGAACAGAGUCUGUUGAUCGAAUUGAGGUCGUUCGAUUUAAUCCAAUGAGAAGUCGUGAUUUUGCUACAUGUACGUUACGCAGUGAUAUAGGAGAUAGGAGUUUGACUAACUACUACGGGUGAGUUAAUACGUGGAAGGACUGAAUCUGUUUGAAAAAUGUGUAUGUAUUAUUAACAACGUCAAGAAAGAGUUUCUUCUGGUAGGCUCAAGUUAAAUGGAAGCCUAGACAACGGGUUAAGAGGUCAGGCCUUGUGAAGAGCUGAGUUUAGAGAAAUCAAAGAGAAUGAAAAAUUAUGUUGAAACUUGAAAAGGAUGGUUCGUUUUGCUUAGCAAGGGAGGUAAUUCUGUGCUGUGCUAUGAGACAAACCUGUUGCAAGUUGUUUCCCUUGCAAGCACUGUGCAACACAACUGAGAAAAUGGCUUCACAACUUUUUAAGUACAGUUGUUGAUAUCCUUGAAUGAUUUUACAUAUGCUUUGAUCUGUAAUGAUGUUCACUUUUUCCUAACAAGUAUUGUUUUACUUUAUUUUUUCUAUGCUUAUAUUUUUACCAAAUAUUACUCAAUUUUCAUAGCAGUAAUGCCAUACAUGUUUGAUGUUUAUUCAAAUUUUUGAGAAAACAAUGCAGCAUUAUGAAAAUGUAAUAACAUAACUUAACGGUAAAGUAAAAAAAAGUGUCUACUUAUUGACAAUUUUAAAUUAACAUUAUCCCGAAAGUGUACCGGGAUAGUUGAAAAUGAAUUAAACCUGUUUUAACCAGUCCUCAAAAUGUCUUGCCAGUUAUAAACAGGGGAACUUUUAUGUAAAUAAAUGAGUGAGUGUUCUUGUUUAAAACAGUUAUCAGUAAUGGCAAGGUAAAAAUGAAUUAUGGUAAAUGAUAGAUACUGUGAUAAUGUUUGGCAAUAUGCUUAUGAUAGAAAAGGAAGCCUUUUUAAAUUAAAAAAUCUGUAUAUAAUUAAGUGCUUCUAUUGGAUAUACUUUUAAUCUUAUUUUAUCAUUAUUUUAACAAGAUUUCAUGUUAUGGUUUCUUCUAUUGUUAUUGAAAUUGUUAAAUUCGUUUAAUAUGAAUAUGUUAAAUUUUUGCUUGAUCUAGAAAGCAACAUUUAGUCUGGCCUUAAUGAAAUAAAAUGCCUUUACUUGUUUGAAAUACAGGUACAUACAAUGUGGACAUAUAUUGAGAUUUUUGUCCCCUACUGGUGAAACUGGAGGGGACUUAUGGUUUGCGCUCUGUCCGUCAGUCUGUCAGUCUGUCUUUCUGUCCGUCACACUUUUCUGGAUCCUGCGAUAACUUUAAAAGUUUAUAUUUUUUCAUGAAAAUUAAAACAUGGAUAGAUGGCAAUAUGGAGAUUA